AUGAUCAAGGGGAUCCUGAUCGUCAACAACCACGGGAAGGCGCGUAUCGUCAAGUUCUACGAGCACGUCCCGGACGCAGAGCAGCAGGCGGUCAUCCGCGAUAUCUAUACGCAAGUGUCCAAGCGCCCGGACACGCUCUGCAACUUUCUCGAGGGCAGCGUGCGCUACUGGGGCGAUGGCAUCAAGCUCAUCUACCGCCACUACGCGACGCUCUACUUUGUGUUUGCGGUCGACAAGCAAGAGAGCGACCUUGGCAUCCUCGACCUCAUCCAAGUCUUUGUCGAGACGCUCGACAAGUGCUUUGAGAACGUGUGCGAGCUCGACCUGAUCUUCCACAGCGACAAGGUGCAUUACGUCUUGGACGAGAUCGUCAUGGGCGGCAUGGUGCUGGAAACCAACAUCAACGAGAUCCUGACGGCCGUCAACGAAAUGAACAAGCUCGACUCGAACUCGACGAAGCGGUCGCUCCCAGGCACGACCAAGAAGUAG